UCCCUCCGGCGGGCCCCGCGCUGCCGCCACCCCCCCUCCCUUCCCUCCUCACCGCAUUUAUUCCCCGGCCUCCGAUCCCGUGCUCCGCCUGCAGGCCUCGCGGCUCACCCCCUCCCCGUGAUCUCUGUCACGGACGCCGCCACCGCCGCUCCGCGCCUAUCUAAUGGCGAGCGGCGCCAGGAAUGGCGGGCUGGGGUCCAGGGCGGGCGGCAAGAUGGACAGGCAGCAGGGCUCCACCGCCACGCCCAAGGCCCCCGCCGGGAAGCCCCGCCUCUCCGCUGCCGGCGGCGGCGCGUACCGCCGCACCAGCUCCGGCCCGCUCCCCGCCGCGGGCGGCCGCAACUCGUCCGAAUCCGGAGUUUCAAGCAGAGUUAGAGUGGCUGUAAGGCUAAGGCCUCGGAACGCAGAAGAGCAGGCGGCAGAUGCUGAUUUUGCCGACUGUGUUGAACUCCAGCCAGAGCUCAAAAGACUAAAGCUUCGUAAAAACAAUUGGGAGUCCGACACAUUUGAAUUCGAUGAAGUGCUUACAGAGUUUUCUUCACAAAAGAGAGUGUAUGAAGUUGUUGCUAAACCAGUUGUGGAGAGCGUUUUGGAGGGAUAUAAUGGUACAGUUAUGGCAUAUGGGCAGACUGGUACUGGCAAGACUUUUACACUUGGAAGGCUUGGUGAUGAAGAUACUGCUGCACGGGGAAUCAUGGUCCGCGCAAUGGAGGAUAUUCUUGCUGAUAUAACCCCUGAGACUGAUACAGUAUCACUAUCUUAUCUACAGUUGUAUAUGGAAAUGAUACAGGAUCUCCUUGAUCCUCUAGAGUCGACCUGCAGGCAUGCAAGCUUGACUCAAAUUACACACAACAAGAGCCGGAAGCAACUGUAAAGCAUGGGUGAAGCUCAUCGUGUUGCUGCAAACACAAAGUUAAAUACAGAGUCAUCUCGUAGUCAUGCAAUUCUCAUGGUAAAUGUCAGAAGGGCUGUAAAAGGUAGAAGUGAAAUGAAUGUUAGUAUGUCUGCUGAAAACGGGCAUUCAUCUUCAAUGAUGGACUCUCUACGACCACCUAUUGUCAGGAAAAGCAAGCUUGUAGUUGUAGACCUGGCAGGAUCCGAGCGAAUAGACAAAUCUGGAAGCGAGGGUCAUACAUUAGAAGAGGCGAAGUCUAUUAACUUGUCCCUAAGUUCACUAGGAAAAUGCAUCAAUGCACUUGCUGAAAGCAGCGCACAUGUACCUGUUCGUGAUUCCAAGCUUACUAGGUUGCUUAAAGACUCAUUUGGAGGCACUGCAAGAACAUCAUUGGUUGUGACGAUUGGUCCAUCUCCAAGACAUAGGGGGGAGACUACGAGUACAAUAAUGUUUGGACAAAGAGCAAUGAAGGUCCAGAACAUGGUCAAAUUAAAGGAAGAAUUUGACUACAAAAGUUUGUGUAGGAGACUUGAUAUUGAAUUGGACAAGUUAAUCGCAGAAAAUGAAAGGCAACGUAAAUAUUUUGAUGAUGAAAUUGAACGAAUAACAGCGGAAGCACAAUACCGUGUUGCUGAGGCUGAAAAGGAAUGCAAAAUUUCUCUAGAGAAUGAGAAAAUGAAGUACCAUCAAGAAUACUUGGACUCUAUAAAGAUACUAGAAGAGAAGUGGAAAGUACACCAACAAUCACCCAAGAAACAGAUUAAAGAGCCCAAGUCUACAUCCAAUGGUGACGUGCAGGACUUACUGCAGAAUGAGAAAAUGUUACGCCAAUCUGCUGAAGAUGAGUCCAAUGACCUUAAGAAUCAAUUAUCACACUGGAAAAAGAUGGAGGCCACAGCUACUGCUGAAGUAGUGAGACUCCGGAGAAUGCUGGAUACUGAAGCUAGCCAAAAAGACAAACUCGAAGAAGAAAUAGCUGUUUUGAAAAGUCAGUUAAUGCAGUUAAGUCUGGAUGCUGACGAGACAAGAAUGAGCCUUGACACAGGAGAUGGACCAGGAAAAAUAUUUCCUGGUUUAGAUUCUUUGAUGUCUCAUUCUCGGAAUUCGCAGCCUAGAGAGCAGAGCAAUGGACCUAAGGCGCCAGUCGCAAAACUCUUUGAGCAAGUUGGGUUACAGAAGAUAUUGUCAUUGCUUGAGUCGGAAGAACCUGAUGUUCGUGUUCAUGCCGUGAAAGUUGUCGCGAAUCUGGCGGCUGAAGAGGCAAAUCAAGAAAAGAUUGUAGAAGCAGGUGGCCUCACUUCCCUCCUAAUGCUGCUUAGGAGCUCUGAGGAUGAGACCAUACGCAGAGUAGCAGCAGGAGCAAUUGCUAAUCUUGCAAUGAAUGAAACGAAUCAAGAUCUUAUAAUGGCUCAAGGUGGUGUAACCUUGUUGUCAAUGACAGCAUCUGAUGCGGAGGACCCACAGACUCUAAGAAUGGUGGCUGGAGCUAUCGCCAACCUGUGUGGCAAUGACAAACUGCAAACUCGUCUAAGAGGAGAAGGUGGAAUAAAAGCAUUGCUGGGAAUGGUUAAGUGCGGCCAUCCUGAUGUCCUUGCUCAAAUUGCUCGUGGCAUUGCAAACUUUGCAAAAUGUGAAUCCAGAGCAGCUACUCAAGGAAACAAGGUGGGGAGAUCAUUAUUGGUGGAUGAUGGGGCACUUCCUUGGAUCGUAAAGAAUGCGAAUAAUGAGGCUGCCCCAAUCAGGCGGCACAUCGAGCUUGCGCUCUGCCAUUUGGCGCAACAUGAGGUAAAUGCCAAGGAUAUCGUGAGUGAAGGCGCGCUCUGGGAACUUGUUCGGAUCUCGAGGGAUUGUUCUCGGGAAGAUAUAAGGAUGCUAGCGUACCGCACGCUGACAUCCAGCCCAACUCUUCAAUCAGAGAUGAGGAGAUUGCGGAUAGAGUGUUGAUGAAUCAAUGCAAAAGGAUGCAAGUGUGCCUCAUCCUCACACCGAGUGGAGUUUUGUUUCUCGCCCAACUCUCCCAAGUCGAGUAGCGGCGCCGCUGUUGCGCAAGCGCUGGCAAUCAAGCGCGUCGGCCCUUGAUAUGCCCAGCUGCUGCAAGCAUACAUGGCCGGGCAGCGGACCCGUUGAGUUUUGUCUCAACUGGCAAUGGUCUGCGCCAUCAUUCUCCUCAAGCCGAUUCAUUUUAUUUAUGGUGGCGAUUUGUUUAUUCAAAUCCUAGCAUGUGAGAGCUGCUUUACUUACUUGGAUGUAACCUGUAGAAGAAUUUGUGUUGUAAAAUCCACGAGUGUGGUCGGGAUAUGGGAGAGCUGAGUGGCUUGCAGUGCAGAUAGGUUGGCUUGGGUUGGGGCCAUGACAUGGAUUAUACUUAUAUAUACUUGUAUUAAUUGUACAGUAGACAAUCUUUUGACUGUAACUUAAUAGUACUUCAGAGACUGUUUGCUAGAAGA